GAGUGAGAUUGGUCAUAGAAAUCGCAGCCACACCAUUAUUUUAUUUCUUUAUUUUUUAUUAUUAUAUAUAUUUUCUUAUCUAAAUUUUUUCCCUUAUUAAAAACUCCGAAAAGCUUUGUUUUUUUUUACUCUUCUCUUUCUCAUUUUUCAUUUCAUCAUCACACAACACACAACAACAUUUUUCUGUGUUACUAAAAGUCAAUAAAACACCGUACAGUGUUUUUCUCUUUUGCUGCUUAUGUUGUCCUUUGCAGAUCUUGCAGAAGAUUCAAUUCAAAAGUCUUGUUUUUCUUCAUUGAAGUUCUUCCUGAUUUCAAGGAGAUAUUUUAAGGUUUAGCUUCUUACCCUUUUGAACUUUUGGUUCUUGGAUUUGAUUGGUGGGUUUUGCUAAGCUUGUUCUAGUAAUUUGUAGUUCUGGGUUGGUUUGUAAAUUGUUUUUGGAGAAAGAAGUGUUUGGAAUUGAUUUUGGUGUGAAAAAGGUUUGACUUUGAAGUGGUUUUAGUGAUUGUUGUUAUUUUUUGAAGAAGUGAAAAUAUUUGAAUUUGAACUUUGAAGUGAUUUUUGUUGAUUGUUGUUUUUUUUAAGAAUUUGAUUCUCAAUGGCUGUAGAGGAAUCUGAGCAAGUGAUUCCUGAUUUAGAAAGAGAGGAUAAUUUAAUUGCUGCAGCAAGGCAUAUUGUGAUGGCUUUAGGGUCUAAGAAGAAUCUUACUAAUGAUGAAAAGAAGAUUCUUUCUGAUCUUGGAUCACAGUUGUCUUCGAUGAACAUACAAAGUGAGAAGGAGGAAGGGAAGAUAGGGAAAAGGGAGGAUGAUGUUGAUGUGGAGGAUGAGGUGGAUGAGGAGGAGGAAGAGGGUGUUGGUGUUAUUGAAGAACGGAUUGGUUUGAUUGAGGAGAAAAUAAUGAAAUGGGAAGAAGAUCAAUCGAUGAUUUGGGAUUUGGGACCUGAAGAAACGUCUGAGUAUUUGAAUGCGGCUAAUGAUGCGCGCAUAUUGAUCGAUAAGUUGGAGAGUAUGCAUUUGAGUAAAGAGGAUCAAGAGUAUAAGUUUUUGCAAAGGGCUUAUAGUGUUCUUCAGACAGCUAUGACACGGCUCGAAGAAGAGUUCAGCAACUUGCUUAUCCAGAAUAGGCAACCUUUUGAACCGGAGUAUGUCUCCUUUCGAUCGAGCGAGGAAGAUGCUGUAGAUGGGAAUUCUUUUGUCUCUUUAGGUGAUGAAUCAUUUGAGGAAUCACUUCGAAGGGAUAGUGUUAGCCGAGCUGCUGAGGAGCAUGUCAUUGAUUUAGUGCAUCCGGCCGUGAUUCCUGACCUCAGGUGCAUUGCAAACUUGCUUUUCGCUUCGAAUUAUUCUCAAGAAUGUGCACAAGCUUAUACCAUUGUUAGGAGGGAUGCUUUAGACGAGUGUUUGUUCAUUCUUGAAAUGGAAAGGCUAAGUAUUGAAGAUGUUUUGAAAAUGGAGUGGAGCACUUUGAAUUCAAAGAUCAAAAGAUGGAGUUGGGCUGUGAAAAUCUUUGUUAGGGUUUAUCUUGCAAGUGAAAGGUGGCUUAGUGACCAAAUUUUUGGAGAAGGCGAGCCGGUUAGUCAAGUUUCUUUUGUCGAUGCAUCAAAAGCUUCAAUUUUGCAGCUUCUGAAUUUCGGUGAAGCUAUGUCUAUUGGUCCUCACCAACCCGAGAAGUUGUUUCGAAUUCUCGACAUGUAUGAAGUUCUUAGAGACCUUAUGCCUGACAUUGAUGCUUUGUAUCCGGACGAGGUUGGUUCCUCGGUUAAAUUUGAAUGUCAUGAGGUUCUGACAAGAUUGGGAGAUUGUGUGAGGAUAACAUUUCUUGAAUUCAAAAACACCGUUGGUUCGAAUCCGUCAACAACACCUCUAGUUGGUGGAGGGAUACAUCCUUUGGCGAGGUAUGUUAUGAAUUAUCUUAGAACUCUUACCGAUUACGGUGAAGCGCUGAAUCAUCUUUUGAAAGACCAAGAAGAAGAAGAUUCCAUUUCAUCGUCACCUGACACAAGUCCAGGUGCCGAAGAAGAUAACAGAAGCCAAGGAUCUCCCGGUAGAUUUCCCUCGAUGUCGCGGCAAUUCCUAUCAUUUUCCUCAGUCUUGGAAAACAAUCUUGAGGAGAAAUCAAAGUUAUACAAAGAAACUUCAUUGCAGCACUUGUUCUUAAUGAACAACCUACAUUAUAUGGCUGAAAAGGUUAAAGGGUCUGAACUUAGGGUCAUAUUCGGAGACGAAUGGAUUCGAAAACACAACUGGAAGUUUCAGCAGCACGCAAUGAAAUACGAGAGAGCUAGUUGGAGUUCAAUUCUCAACUUACUUAAGGACGAAGGAAUUCAUGCUCCCGGUUCGAAUUCUGUCUCAAAAUCUCUUCUGAAGGAAAAGCUAAGAAGCUUCUACCUCGGCUUUGAGGAUAUUUACAGGAUUCAAACGGCUUGGUCGAUUCCAGAUGUUCAGCUUCGUGAAGAUUUGCGGAUUUCUAUAUCAGUUAAAGUGAUUCAAGCUUAUAGAACAUUUGUUGGAAGGAAUAAUAGUCAUAUGAGUGACAAAAAUAUUAGAUACACUGCUGAUGAUUUAGAAAAUUAUCUUUUGGAUUUCUUUGAAGGUGCUCAAAAGUUGUUGCAAAAUCCUCAUAGGAGGUGAUAGCAUAUAUAAUAGGUAAGAAUAAUCACUUUUUAUCUAACAAUUGCUUGUAUUUGGUCACAAAUCUUGUUAUUCCACUUAGUGUGCAUUAUAUAUAUGUAAUGAUUGGAAGAUUAUCAGUGUAAUACUGCCUUUUUGCAAUGUAUUCUUUAGAUUAUUUUAUUUUUAA